AUGAAUGCUCUCGCCAACCAUAUCAGAACCACCUUCGAAAGCCAAAGAUACAGGUUCAUACGAACACUAGGCCACGGCGCAUCAGGGGUCGGCGUAGUUUUCGCCGAUUUGUCCAGUGGCGGCCGUCGGUUCGUGGUGAAAAAGGUUCGGUCAGACGAGCACGACCAGCUCCGACGCGAGAUAGACACUCUACAGGCAGUCGUCAAAGCCUGUGUCGCCAUGGCUUAUCCGCCGGGGAGCGAGGGGGAUCCCGAGGUUCCGCCAGCGUCGGUACCAAGGCGUUUGUUGACGAUCCACCCCUCGUCUCUAGCACACAAUGACAUGCACAUGGACAACCUCAUGUUCGGGAACCUCCAUCUGAGCGAUCCCACAUCACCGACUGCCCCGGCUCGCGAGACGGCAGAGCACUCGCUAGUUCCGAUACUCAAACUUAUUGAUUUUGGAGAAUCUCUGGACGUUUCCUCGCCGCCUACCGCGUUGGACAUGCGGGGGAGGGAGUAUGAUGUCGAGCACGGCAUCGUCUCUGCCGCGAUGGUGGACCUGACCAUACUGGACGGACAUCCUAAUCGCAGGUACCUCAGAGAGCUUGCGGCAUCUGAGCCGACAGCGCCCAGAGGUCCGAGUAACUACGUCUACUGGAGGCGAAACCCAGGGGUCGAUAUGAAUAUCCUGGCAAUUGGCAUGGUCAUGGCAAGGAUUAUAUCGGGCGAUCAUAAUUGCGGCUGGCCCAGCUGUCGUGAGGACAUCACGGACCCGUCGAUAGUCAAUGGGACUGACCCAAACUUGGUCAAGCUUGUCGCGAGAUGCCUCGCAGUUGACCCCGCGAACCGCCCUAGGCUGGACCAUCUCUUGGCCCUGGUCAGUGGGUUCAACUCGACCCCGGAGCUGGGUUUCGACCCCCGGGGUGCCAGUACAUGGACGUUCCCCAUGGACGAGUCAGAGGGGGCGAUCGCAGACAUCGUAAGGGACUACAUACUCAAUGCGGACGUACCGCGGGUGACAACUGAUGAUCCCGUCGAUGAUGGUCCCGACGACGGUACUGUCGAUGACCCCAUGAUUAUUACCAGCUAG